AUGCUGCACUGGGGUCACCUGAGGACAGCCCCUAGGGUAGAGUGGGCCGCAGGUUCUAGUGCAACCGACAGGCCGCCGCCCUGCGGUGUCUUCAGGGGCUAUAGUCACUUUAACGCCACCCUACCAACCACUCCCGCCCCGGGGCCCAGCACUGAGCUGCCCCGCCGCGUCGACCCAGGAAAGCGCAUGCGCGGGCGCCUGCCGCCGUUUCCCGGCUACCUCGCGGCUGGCGCGUGGACACGCGUCGUCGCGAGUUGGCGGGAGCGCGCGCAGUGGGUGCAGGGGGCUGACGUUUCCGGGAGACUGGACCCCAAGGAGCCCCCGGGUAGCCAGAGAGCAGCUUCUCCAUCCCCGAAGCAGGCUCCUGCUACUGCUCCUGGCCAUGGGAGCCCUCGGGAGAUGAGGGCACAGGGCCCAGCAGGCCAGGAGGCUGAUGGCCCCCGCAGGACGCUGCAGGUAGACAGCAGGACACAGAGAUCAGGGCGGUCCCCAUCAGUGUCACCGGACAGAGGCAGCACCCCCACAUCACCCUACUCCGUCCCCCAGAUCGCCCCCCUUCCUAGCAGCACCCUGUGUCCCAUAUGCAAGACCUCGGACCUCACGUCGACUCCCAGCCAGCCAAACUUCAACACCUGCACCCAGUGUCACAACAAGGUCUGCAACCAGUGCGGGUUCAACCCCAAUCCUCACCUCACCCAGGUGAAGGAGUGGCUCUGUCUGAACUGCCAGAUGCAGAGGGCGCUGGGGAUGGACAUGACCACUGCGCCUCGCUCCAAGAGCCAGCAGCAGCUGCACUCCCCAGCUCUGUCACCUGCCCACUCCCCAGCCAAGCAGCCCCUGGGGAAGGGAGAGCCAGAGAGAUUGCAGGGCCAAGGAGGCCCACAACCAAGCCCGCACCAGGCUGAGCCAGCCAGGGCAGCCUCAGUGCUGGGGCCUGGCCAACCAGCUGCCCCUCUCGAGGUGGGGAGGGUGUCUCCUCAGCCCUCUCUCCCCACCAAGCCUUCCACAGCUGAGCCCAGGCCACCUGCAGGAGAGCCCCCGGCCAAAAGUGCCACUGCAGUGCCCUCUGGGUCUGGUGCUGCUGAGCAGACACAGGAGGGUCUCACCGGAAAGCUCUUUGGCCUCGGUGCGUCGCUGCUGACCCAGGCGAGCACCCUCAUGUCUGUGCAGCCUGAGGCUGACUCCCACGGUCAGCCUAGCCCUAGCAAGGGGCAACCCAAGAUCAUCUUCAGUGAUGCCAGCAAGGAGGCUGGUUCAAGACCCCCGGGCUCUGGGCCCGGUCCUGGGCCAGUACCUGGAGCCAAAACUGAGCCUGGAGCUAGAACAGGUCCUGGAUCAGGGCCUGGAGCCCUGGCAAAAACUGGGGGGACUAGCAGUCCAAAGCAUGGCAAAGCAGAACAGCAGGCAGCAUCCAAGGCCGCUGCCAAGCCAAAGGCCAUGCCGAAGGAAAAAGCCACCUGCCCACUGUGCCAAGCCGAGCUCAACGUGGGCAGCAAGGGCCCAGCCAACUAUAACACCUGCACCACCUGCAAGCUCCAGGUGUGCAACCUGUGUGGCUUCAACCCAACACCCCACCUGGUAGAGAAAACCGAGUGGCUCUGUCUGAACUGCCAAACUAAGCGAUUGCUGGAGGGCAGCCUGGGGGAGCCCACCCCACUGCCCAUGCUCGCCUCACAGCAGCCCCCUGUAGGGGCCCCUCACCGUGCAGCUGGAACAGCCCCUCCAAAACAGAAGGGGCCACCUGGGCUGGGCCAACCAGCAGGGCCCCUGCCCACCAAGACCAGCCCCCUGCCUGCCAAGGCCAGCCCCCAGGCCAAGCCCCCCAGGGUCUCUGAGCCCAGCAGGACCCCAAGCAGUGCCCAGGAGAAGAAGGCUGGGGUCCCAGCUAAAGCUGAGCCCAUGCCGAAGCCACCUCCAGAGACUACCCCAACCCCUGGGACUCCUAAAGCAAAGAGUGGGGCGCGGAGGACUGAACCUGUCACCCCUGCCAGCAAGGCUGUCCCAGAAGCCCCCAAGGGUGGGGAGACUGAGGAACCGGUGGGCAAGCCUUACUCCCAGGACCUGUCACGAAGUCCCCAGAGCCUCAGCGACACAGGCUAUUCCUCUGACGGCGUCUCCAGCUCUCAGAGCGAGAUCACAGGUGUUGUGCAGCAGGAGGUAGAACAGCUAGACAGUGCGGGGGUGACGGGGCCACGCCCACCCAGCCCCUCAGAUCUCCACAAAGUGGGGAGUAGUGUGAAGCCCUUGCUGGAGGCCCAGAGCGUGGCCCCUAGCGGCGAGCAGGCCAAGCCACUGAGCCGCAGCGAGGAGCAGAAGCGGCGGCCACACUCCCUGUCCAUCAUGCCUGAGGCCUUUGACUCAGAUGAGGAGCUGGAGGACAUCCUGGAGGAAGAGGAGGACUCUCUAGAGUGGAGACGCCAGAGGGACCAGCAGGACACGGCCGAGUCCUCAGACGACUUUGGCAGCCAGUUGCGGCACGACUAUGUGGAGGACAGCAGUGAGGGUGGCCUGUCCCCACUGCCACCUCAGGCCCCAGCCCGGGCAGCAGAGCUGACUGAUGAGGAAUUCAUGCGCCGACAGAUCCUGGAGAUGAGUGCCGAGGAAGACAACCUGGAGGAGGAGGAUGCUGUCCCCUCUGGGCACGGGCUGGCCAAACACGGCACCCAGAAAGGUGGCAGGCCCCGAGCUGAGCCCGGCCAGGAGCCCAAGAGGCGCCUGCCCCACAAUGCCACCACCGGCUACGAGGAGCUGCUCACCGAGGGAGGCCCCGGGGAGGCCGCUGACAGUAGCGGGGCCCUGCAGGGUGGGCUCCGCCGCUUCAAGACCAUCGAGCUAAACAGCACGGGCAGCUACAGCCAUGACCUGGACCUGGGCCAAGGGCCCGACCCCAGCCUGGACCGGGAGCCCGAGCUGGAGAUGGAGAGCCUGACUGGUUCCCCCGAGGACCGUUCCCGGGGUGAGCACUCCUCAACACUGCCGGCCUCCACUCCCAGCUACACGUCGGGGACCUCUCCCACCUCGCUGUCCUCGCUGGAGGAGGACAGUGACAGCAGCCCCAGUCGCCGGCAGCGCCUGGAAGAAGCCAAGCAGCAGCGCAAGGCCCGGCAUCGCUCCCACGGGCCCCUACUGCCCACCAUCGAGGACUCCUCGGAGGAGGAAGAGCUGCGGGAGGAGGAGGAGCUGCUUCGAGAGCAGGAGAAGAUGCGGGAGGUGGAGCAGCAGCGCAUCCGGAGCACCGCCCGGAAGACCCGGCGGGACAAGGAGGAGCUGCGGGCCCAGCGGAGACGGGAGCGCUCCAAGACGCCACCCAGCAACCUGUCCCCCAUCGAGGAUGCCUCCCCGACGGAGGAGCUGCGGCAGGCCGCGGAGAUGGAGGAGCUGCACCGGUCCUCCUGCUCCGAGUACUCACCCUCGCCAUCCCUCGACUCCGAGGCUGAGGCCCUAGAUGGCACCCCGUCCCGGCUCUACAAGUCAGGCAGUGAGUACAACCUGCCCACCUUCAUGUCCCUCUAUUCACCAACUGAGAUGCCCACGGGGGGCUCCACGGCCCCCAGUUCUGGCCGGCCCCUGAAGAGUGCCGAAGAGGCCUAUGAGGAGAUGAUGCGGAAGGCAGAAUUGUUGCAGCGGCAACAAGGCCAGGCAGCAGGGACCCGGGGGCCCCACGGUGGCCCCUCUCAGCCCACAGGCCCUCGGGCCCAGGGCUCCUUUGAAUACCAGGACACCCCAGACCAUGACUAUGGCCGGGCAGCCCAGCCAGCUCCAGAGGGCACGCCAGCCAGCCUGGGGGCGGCCGUGUACGAGGAGAUCCUUCAGACGUCCCAGAGCAUCGCCCGCAUGCGACAGGCCUCCUCACGUGACCUAACCUUCGCUGAUGACAAGAAGGAAAAGCAGUAUCUGAAUGCUGAGAGUGCGUACAUGGACCCCAUGAAGCAAAACGGUGGCCCUCUGACCCCUGGGACCAGCCCCACCCAGCUUGCUGCCCCUGUGUCCUUCUCCUCGUCGACCUCCACCUCCUCAGACAGCAUGGGGGGCCGGGUCAUCCCCGACGUCCGCGUUACUCAGCAUUUCGCCAAGGAGCCUCAGGACCCUCUCAAACUUCACAGUACUCCUGCCUCCCCCAGCUCUGCUUCCAAGGAGGUGGGCGCACCCUUUUCCCAGGGCCCUGGGACCCCAGCAUCCACAGCCAUGGCUCCCGGUCCAGCCAACCUGCCACGUGGGUAUAUAACCCCAAGCUCCCCAGCAGGUUCCGAGCGUAGCCCUUCACCAUCUUCCACAGCCCAUGGUUAUGGACAGCCCCCAACCACUGCAAACUAUGGGUCCCAAACUGAGGCACUACCUCAGGCCACUGGGGGCCCUGCGGCUGGUGGGCGGACCACCAGAGAGAAGACCCUUGUAAGUGAUGGCCAAGGUGGCAUUUCCCAGCCCUUCCGGGGAUAUCCCUACUUUGUAGGCCCCAGUCCACCCCUCUCUCCAUCUUCUCCCUCAGAGAGUCCUACCUUCUCUCCUGGCAAGCUGGGCUCAAGAGCCACAGCAGAGUUCUCUACACAGACGCCAAGCCCAGCGCCCACCUCAGACAUGCCACGGAGCCCCAGCGGUUCCACCUCAACAUCGAUGGUGGCCCAGGGCACACAGACGCCGCACCGACCCAGUACACCUCGCCAGGCAUGGCAGCAGUCCCCUCCGGAGGCCCCCUUUAUGGUCAUCACACUGGCAUCAGAUGCCUCCAGCCAGACCAGAAUGGUCCAUGCCAGCGCCUCCACCUCCCCUGUGUGCUCGCCUACUGGCUCCCAGCCCACUGCCCACAGCUACAGCCAGACAACACCUCCAAGUAUGACACAGGUGCCCCCAGAGCCACCUGGGCCACCUGGCCUCCCACGGGCAGCCAGUGUUGGUGCAGAUGGACCCUUGGCACUCUAUGGCUGGGGUGCCCUGCCUGCUGAGAAUAUCUCCCUGUGCCGGAUCUCCUCUGUCCCUGGGACAUCCCGAGUGGAACCAGGCCCCAGACCCCCUGGCACUGCUGUGGUAGACCUCCGCACAGCUGUCAAGCCCACGCCCAUCAUCUUGACUGACCAGGGCAUGGACCUGACCUCUCUUGCUGCGGAAGCGAGAAAGUAUGGCCUUGCCCUGGACCCAAUCCCAGGAAGGCAGUCUACCGCAGUGCAACCCUUGGUCAUCAACCUCAAUGCCCAGGAGCAGACACAUGCUUUCCUUGGCACUGCCACCACCGUGAGCAUUACCAUGGCCUCGUCUGUGCUCAUGGCUCAGCCAAAGCAGCCUGUGGUCUAUGGGGACCCUUUCCAGAGCCGACUUGACUUUGGCCAGGGUACAGGUAGCCCUGUAUGCCUGGCCCAGGUCAAGCAGGUAGAGCAGGGCGUCCAGACAGCUCCUUAUCGAGGUGGGCCCCGAGGAAGACCCAGAGAGGCCAAAUUUGCCAGGUAUAACCUGCCCAACCAGGUAGCUCCUCUGGCCAGAAGGGAUGUUUUGAUCAGCCAGAUGGGCACCGCUCAGAGCGUUGGCCUCAAGCCAGGCCCAGUGCCAGAGCCUGGUGCUGAGGCCCAUCGAGCUACCCCUGCAGAGCUUCGGCCACAUGCCCUGUCAGGUGCCAGGAAGCCACACACAGUGAUGGUGCAGAUGGGAGAGGGCACAGCAGGCACUGUGACCACAUUGCUCCCAGAGGAGCCUGCAGGUGCCCUGGACCUCACCGGAAUGAGGCCUGAGAGCCAGCUGGCUUGUUGUGACAUGGUCUACAAGUUCCCCUUUGGCAGUAGCUGCACUGGUACCUUCCAUCCUGCCCCCAGUGCACCUGAGAAGAAUGUGGGAGAUGCCGCCCCACCUGGCCAGAGUGGCAGCCCCUUCUAUGGCCCCCGGGACCCUGAACCUCCUGAGCCCCCUGGCUACCGGGCACAGGGGGUGAUGGGGCAUGGGCCCCAUGAGGAACAGAGACCCUACCCACAGGCCCUCCCUGGCAGGCUGUACUCUUCCAUGUCUGACACCAAUCUGGCUGAGGCUGGCCUCAACUACCACGCCCACCGCCUGGGGCAGCUUUUCCAGGGUAGAGACUCAGCUGUAGACCUCAGCUCUCUGAAGCACUCCUACAGCCUGGGCUUUGCAGAUGGACGCUACCUAGGACAGGGCUUACAAUAUGGCUCGUUCACAGACUUACGUCACCCAACAGACCUUUUGACUCACCCACUCCCCAUGCGGCGCUACAGCUCUGUUUCGAAUAUCUACUCUGACCACAGGUACGGCCCUCGGGGAGACGCGGCUGGCUUUCAGGAGGCCAGCCUAGCCCAGUACAGUGCCACCACGGCCCGUGAGAUCAGCCGGAUGUGUGCUGCCCUCAACUCCAUGGACCAGUACGGUGGGCGGCAUGGCAGCAGCGGUGGUGGCCCUGACCUCAUGCAGUACCAGCCCCAGCCUCGGCCUGGGCUCAAUGCCCCGCAGGGUCUGGCUCCUCUCAGAUCUGACCUCCUAGGGAACCCCACUUUUCCAGAGGGCCACCCGAGUGCUGGGAACCUGAGCCAGUAUGGGCCUGCAGCCGGUCAGGGGACAGCAGUCAGACAGCUGCUGCCAUCCACAGCCACCGUACGUGCAGCUGAUGGCAUGAUCUACUCAACCAUCAACACCCCAAUUGCUGCAACACUGCCCAUCACCACCCAGCCAGCAUCGGUGCUGCGGCCCAUGGUGCGUGGGAGCAUGUACCGGCCUUAUGCAUCUGGUGGAAUAACAGCUGUGCCGCUCAGCAGCCUAACACGCAUGCCCAUUAUUGCGCCCCGGGUACCUCUUGGGCCCACAGGGGUGUACCGGUAUCCUGCACCAAGCAGAUUUCCCACCGCUUCCGGCGUUCCACCUGUUGAAGGCCCGGUCUAUCUUGGGAAACCUGCUGCUAAGGCCCCGAGGGCUGGAGGCCCACCAAGGCCAGAACCACCAGCUGGGGCUACACGGGAAGAAGCACUAACCACCGUCACCCCUGCGGCUGUCAAAGAGCCCACGACAGCCCCAGCUCCAACCCCACUAACUGCACAGAAGCCACCAGGAGAUGCUGCUCCAGGGCCUGGGAGUGGGGCGCUGGGCCGGCCAGGGCACGAGAAGGAGGAGGCAGCAUCCCAGGAGGAAAGACAGCGGAAGCAGCAGGAACAAAUGCUGCAGCUGGAACGGGAAAGGGUGGAACUGGAGAAGCUGCGGCAGCUGCGGCUACAGGAGGAGCUGGAGCGCGAGCGCGUGGAGCUGCAGCGGCACCGAGAGGAGGAGCAACUGCUGGUGCAGCGAGAGCUGCAGGAACUGCAGACUAUCAAACAGCACGUGCUGCAGCAGCAGCAGGAGGAGCGGCAGGCUCAGUUUGCCCUGCAGCGGGAGCAGCUCGCACAGCAGCGCCUGCAGCUGGAGCAGAUCCAGCAUUUGCAGCAACAGCUGCAGCAGCAGCUUGAAGAGCAGAAGCACCGACAGAAGCCCCCAUUCCCUGCAGCCUGUGAGGCACCGGGCCGAGGGGCCCCACCAGCUGCCACUGAACUGGCCCAAAAUGGCCAGUACUGGCCGCCACUGACCCAUGCAGCUUUCAUUGCUGUGGCAGGACCUGAGGGCCCCGGUCAGCCUCGGGAGCCCGUCCUGCACAGGGGUCUCCCCAGCUCUGCCUCAGACAUGUCGCUGCAGACCGAGGAGCGCUGGGAGGCCAGUCGCAGCAGCAUCAAGAAGCGGCACUCCAUGCCGCGCCUGCGUGAUGCCUGCGAGGCAGAGUCCGCCCCGGAGCCUUGCACGGUAAAGAGGAUCGCAGACAGCAGCGUGCAGACAGAUGACGAAGACGGCGAGGGCCGCUACCUCCUGACCCGGCGGCGCCGGACUCGGCGGAGUGCCGACUGCAGCGUGCAGACAGACGACGAGGACAAUGCCGAGUGGGAGCAGCCAGUGCGCCGCCGCCGCUCACGACUUUCCCGCCACUCAGACUCGAGCUCCGACAGCAAGCACGACGCUGCUGCUUCCUCUGCCGCGGCCGCCGCUGCCGCUCGGGCCACCAGCAGCGUGGGCAUCCAGACGAUCAGUGACUGCUCAGUGCAGACGGAGCCGGACCAGCUGCCCAGGGUCUCGCCAGCCAUCCACAUCACAGCUGCCACCGACCCCAAAGUGGAGAUCAUCCGGUACAUCUCAGCGCCAGAGAAGACUGGCCGUGGAGAGAGCCUCGCCUGCCAGACAGAGCCAGAUGCACAGCCACAGGGCGUGGCUGGGCCGCAGCUUGUAGGGCCCACAGCCAUUAGCCCUUACCUGCCUGGCAUCCAGAUCGUCACCCCAGGUCCUCUGGGAAGAUUUGAAAAAAAGAAACCGGAUCCCCUGGAGAUUGGGUACCAGACUCACCUGCCCCCUGAGUCCCUCUCACAGCUGAUGAGCCGCCAGCCUCCUAAGUCCCCCCAGGUCCUGUACUCGCCAGUCUCACCCCUGUCCCCACACCGGCUUCUGGACACCUCCUUUGCCUCCAGCGAGAGGCUGAACAAGGCCCACGUGAGUCCCCAGAAGCACUUCACCGCUGACAGCGCUCUCCGCCAGCAGACGCUGCCUCGCCCCAUGAAGACCCUGCAGCGGUCCCUGUCUGACCCUAAGCCCCUCAGCCCCACCGCCGAGGAAUCCGCCAAAGAGAGGUUCUCCCUCUACCAGCACCAGGGGGGGCUGGGUAGCCAGGUGUCGGUGCUGCCACCCAACGGCCUCGUCCGCAAGGUGAAGCGGACACUGCCCAGCCCCCCUCCAGAGGAGGUUCACCUGCCCCUGGCCAGCCAGGCCCCCCCACAGCUGUACGCGGCCAGCCUGUUGCAACGUGGGCUAGCGGGGCCCACCGGCGUCCCUGCCACUAAGGCUAGUCUGCUCCGGGAGCUGGACCGGGACCUGCGGCUGGUGGAGCAUGAGUCCACCAAGCUUCGUAAGAAGCAGGCAGAGCUGGAUGAGGAGGAGAAGGAGAUUGACGCCAAGCUCAAGUACUUGGAGCUGGGCAUCACACAGCGCAAAGAGUCUCUAGCCAAGGACCGAGGUGGCCGUGACUACCCACCCUUGCGUGGCCUUGGUGAGCAUCGUGACUAUCUGUCGGACAGUGAGCUCAACCAGCUCCGGCUCCAGGGUUGCAACGCCCCUGCCGGCCAGUACGCCGACUUCCCUGCUGCUGCCGUUCCUGCUACUCCCUCCGGCCCCCCUGCCUUCCAGCAGCCCCGGUUCCCACCUCCAGCACCUCAGUACCCCACAGGCACCAGUGGACCAACCCAGAAUGGAUUCCCAGCACACCAGACCCCCACCUACCCUGGCCCCAGCACAUACCCAGCCCCUGCUUAUCCCCCUGGCACCAGUUACCCAGCUGAGCCUGGGCUACCAGGCCAGCAAGCUUUCCGCCCCACAGGCCACUACACAGCCCAGGCACCCAUGCCAACCACACAGAGUACCCACUUUCCAGUUCCAGCUGACAGUCAUGCCCUGCACCAGAAGCCACGACAGACAUCACUAGCUGACUUGGAGCAGAAGGUGCCCACCAACUACGAGGUGAUCCCCAGCCCUGCGGUGGCCAUGUCAUCAGCCCCCUCUGACACCAGCUAUAGUGGCCCAACAGUGAGCAGCAGCUAUCAGCAGGCCAAGGCCCCCGAGAUGCCCCGAGCCACCGAGCGGAGCAGUGUGAGCCAGAGCCCAGCUCCCGCCUACCCUUCUGAUUCCCACUACACCAGCCUGGAGCAGAAUGUCCCCCGAAACUAUGUGAUGAUCGAUGACAUCAGUGAACUGACCAAGGACAGCACCUCCACCGCCCCUGACAGCCAACGCCUGGAGCCCCUAGGGCCCGGCGGCAGUGGGCGUCCAGGAAAGGAGCCUGGAGAAUCAGGUGGCCUGGAGGGCCCCACGCUGCCCUGCUGCUAUGGCAGAGGGGAGGAGGAAUCUGAGGAGGAUGCUUAUGACCCCCGUGGGAAGGGUGGCCAUCACCGCAGCAUGGAGAGCAAUGGCCGACCCUCCAGUGCCCACUACUACAGUGACAGUGACUACAGACAUGGAGCUCGGCCAGAGAAGUACGGUCCCAGCCCCAUGGGACCCAAACAUCCCUCCAAGAGCCUGGCCCCAGCUGCCGUCUCCUCCAAGCGCAGCAAACACCGGAAGCAGGGCAUGGAGCAAAAGAUCUCCAAAUUCUCCCCUAUCGAAGAAGCCAAGGACGUGGAAUCUGACCUGGCCUCUUACCCUCCACCCGCCGUCAGCAGCAGCCUGGGCUCUCGGGGCAGGAAGUUCCAGGAUGAAAUCACUUAUGGCCUCAAGAAAAAUGUGUAUGAGCAGCAGAGAUACUACGGGGUGUCCAACCGGGACUCCGCUGAGGAGGAUGACCGUGUGUAUGGAGGGAGCAGCCGGUCCCGGGUGGCAUCUGCUUACAGUGGGGAGAAGCUGUCCAGCCAUGACUUUGGUGUUAGAGGCAAAGGGUAUGAGCGUGAACGGGAGACUGUGGAUCGGCUUCAAAAAGCGGGCUCCAAGCCCUCCUCCCUGAGUAUGGCCCAUGGCCGGGCACGGCCCCCCAUGCGGAGCCAAGCCUCAGAGGAGGAGAGCCCUGUAAGCCCACUAGGACGGCCCCGGCCUGCUGGGGGAACUCUCCCUCCUGGGGACACCUGCCCACAAUUCUGCUCCAGCCACUCCAUGCCUGAUGUCCAGGAACAUGUCAAGGAUGGACCACGGGCCCACAUGUACAAGCGUGAAGAGGGCUACAUCCUGGAUGAUUCUCACUGCGUGGUUUCUGACAGCGAAGCAUAUCACCUGGGCCAGGAGGAGACAGACUGGUUUGAUAAACCCCGGGAUGCCCGCUCCGACCGGUUCAGGCACCACGGGGGCCACGCAGUCUCUUCCUCCUCCUCCUCCCAGAAGCGAGGCCCUGCCAGGCACAGCUACCAUGACUACGACGAACCCCCCGAGGAGGGGAUGUGGCCACAUGAUGAGGGUGGCCCAAGCCGCCACACCUCUGCCAAGGAACACCGCCAUCAUGGUGACCACGGACGGCACUCGGGCCGCCACGCCGGUGAGGAGCCAGGCCGACGUGCUGCCAAACCACACGUGCGGGACCCAGGGCGCCAUGAGGCCCGGCCCCACCCUCAGCCCAGCACUGCUCCCGCCAUGCAGAAGAAGGGCCAGCCUGGGUACCCCAGCUCUGCUGAAUACUCUCAGCCGUCUCGUGCUCAGUCAGCGUACCACCAUGCCUCCGACAGCAAGAAGGGCUCUCGACAGGCCCACCCUGGGCCCUCCCCUGCCCUGCAACCAAAGCCAGAACCCCAGCCACAGCCAGCAGGUCGUCAGGCACCUCCAGGGUCACAGCAGUCACAGCCGCCACUAUCCAGGCAGGGGCCGUCAACAGCAGCGUCACGCCAGCCCCAGCCGCAGCAGCAGCAUCCACCCUCCCAGCAGGCUCCAACUCAGGCUCGGCUACAGCAGCAGGGCCAGCCAGCGACCCGGGGCCCGGCCUCUGCUGCCAGCCAGCCAGCAGGAAAACCUCAGCCAGGGCCUGCCACGGCCCCAGGGCCCCAGCCUUCAGGACCACCCCGGGCAGAACAGGACGGCUCUAAAGGGACAGCCAAAGCACCCCAGCAGGGGAAGCCUCCUCAGGCCCAGCCACCUCCAGGACCUGGACCUGCAGGUGUGAAGGCUGGGCCCAAACCCAGUGGGACCCCAGGGGCUCCUGCCGGCCAGCCAGGUGCGGAAGGAGAGAGCGUGUUCUCCAAGAUCCUCCCUAUGGCCGGAGGGGCUGCAGAGCAAGCUGGCAAGCUGACGGAAGCUGUGUCUGCUUUUGGCAAAAAAUUUUCUUCAUUCUGGUGA